GGGUGCUGUUAGAACGUUGAACUUCUGGUCGCCGAUUGCACGCUUUCCUUCCGCGGCUUUGUCAAACGAACAGAUAGCACGCAGGCUUUCUGGAACUAAAGACAAAAUGAGCAAAGCACACCCUCCAGAGCUGAAAAAGUUUAUGGACAAGAAGCUUUCCUUGAAGCUGAAUGGAGGCAGGCACGUGCAGGGCAUCUUGCGAGGGUUCGAUCCCUUCAUGAACCUGGUGAUGGACGACUGUCUGGAGAUGGGUCCAGGAGGACAACAGAACACCGUCGGCAUGGUGGUUAUCAGAGGAAACAGCAUCAUCAUGUUGGAGGCCUUGGAGAGAGUAUGAGAGACGAGAGGAUGAUGGAUGGAAAGAAGGAGCAACACAGUUUCAUGUUCUAUCUUUUUAGGUCUUUGUUAAAAUGCAUCAGCAGUUGUAAGAUGGUGAAUUUCUUUUCAUUUGCAUAGAUGUGUUUUAAUGUGGUUAAAUGGGAAUAAAUCAAAUUUUCCUUUCUA